AGCCAAUAGCAUGAAAGGGGCGGGGCAUACCCUCUGGAGCAUGGAAGUGAAAUGGUCCAUUGCACGACUACAAAGUUCAUUGUGUCCGGUGUUGUGGGACAGCUUGUUAGCGGAUAAGCGACAGAAAUCAUGACUGAGGAGGCAUUUCAGAAGGCAGCGGAGGAGGUGAAGCAGCUGAAGGCAAAACCAGCUGAUGCUGAGAUGCUGGAGAUCUACAGUCUAUUCAAACAGGCUACAGUAGGAGACGUCAACACUGCUCGACCAGGCAUGUUAGACUUCACUGGUAAAGCCAAGUGGGAUGCCUGGGACGCAAAGAAAGGUAUGACUAAGGAGGAUGCAAUGAAGGCUUAUAUCAGCAAGGUGGAAGAGCUGAAAGGAAAAUAUGGAAUCUAAAGUGUGAAGGUGUGACUGACUAGUGUCACCUUCUGGCAAGUCUGUCAAUACCUCCGGUCCUGUGUAAAGCCUUAAACCUCCUGGUGUGUGUGUGUGUGUGAUGCAUCUCCUUCACAAGAUGUUCUGUUGGAACAAAAUAUGGCACAAAGCCCUAUUGGAUUUACAGAAACUACUCACCAGAAGCUGUGUAAUGAUACCCUCUCCAGCCUUUUUUAAAAUGUCACUAAUGCCAUAGUCAUUCACAUUUCAGCAGCUUUAUAUCUUUGUGUAGUUUUUAAUUAUAUUUUUGUUGAGCUAGUAAUGGCAGAUUGUGUAUCAGUCAAUCAGGAUAAUGAACAUUGUGUGAGGAUUUUAAACAGCUCUUGAGUGUUUCAUCUGUAUAAGAUAAUACGCAUGCUGUUUUUGAGACCACUAAUUUCUACAGAUGUAUUGGAAAUAAAUAGCAAUAAUAGAAGUAAAUAGAGAUAAAAUAAUUAAAUGUAAUAUGUGGAUGUACUCAUCCAAUUUCUGUAUGUAUUAGGACUGGCUCAAACACAGGAUUUGAUAUAUUUUCAGAAUCUCUUGUUUUAUUCUGCCAGUACAUGUGAUAUUGACUGACCCUCCACACAACCUUUAUACAUGAAGAGAUCAUAUUAAAACACGAUGCCAUCAAA